AUGGCAGCAAUGCAUCCAUCCAGCAGCCGGUCACAGUCUCCAGCGAGGCCGUCAUCCGAAAAGCAGGACGUCCAGCACUCUCAUCGCCGCGGACGUCGACUUCAUCACGGCUGUCACAGCCACGCAGAACAUCCACGCCACCCACCUCUUCUUCCCCAUGGCGCCCAUCAGCUCUCACACUGCGACUAUGCCGCCUUCCAGCCCGUCUUUGCACACUACCUGGACCUGCAGCGACGUCUCCGGCUGGCCGACCUGUCCACGAACGAGACGCGCUGUCGCUGGCGGAGCUUUGCCAGCCGCUGGAACCGCGGCGGUCUGCCGGCUGCCUGGUACCGACCACAGAUGUUUUUGUAUGUCGUCCGCGCGCAGGUAGAGGAGACGGCGUGGCGACAGCGCGAACAAGUUGGCGGGAACGACCGAGAGCCCAACGACGAAAGCCUCGUGCACUCUGACGACAGCGACAAUCCCCUCGAUCACGACAGCGACCACAGCGACAGCACAUAUGCCCGCCCGGAUGUUCUCUGCCAUGACCAGCGUGCUGCCGAGCACUACGCGCGUCUCCAGGAACUGCUGCCACGCAUCUCCAGCCGCGACGAUGCCACAGCAGCCAGCUCGGCCGACUGCGCCAACUACCGGCACGUGCUGGCGGCGUUGCAACGACAGCAGCGGCGACAGGAAGCUGCGUCAGAGAUGGUCGAGCGCGAGCCGGUGUAG